CCAGGAAGUGGUCAGUGGUCGUCAAGCAAACUUUUGCUUGGAAGCUCUCAGUCUAUAUAUUUCUGUGUGUACAUGCAUUACCUGUAUCUUUAUACAGGACUACUCUUCAACAGUUAACCGUGGAAGAUGAGUAGCUGUCAAGAGCCUGUGUCCCCGGAGCUCCGGCCUGGUACAGCUCAAGUUCUGGUGACUGAGCUGAGUGGUUCAGGCUACAUCAACCCAACUCCUGCCUCUAAACCCUCUGAAGACUCUGAAACCGCAGCGGAGCUUCACCUUUCCCCAGAUAGGAUGAAGUCGCUGUGUGGAACUCCGGACCUGUCUUGUGUAACAUCACUGGAGGUCUGUGUGGACACCCAAGAAAUCACACUGGGUAACUUUGGUGCCUACUUGCCCAAGUUAGAGAAGCUCAAAAUGAACAACAGCGUCAUCAUGUCAGUGAGAGACCUGGGAACCACCCUCUCCCACCUGCAGGUGUUGUGGAUGUCUCGCUGCUGCCUGCAAGACCUAGCUGGCAUUUCUACUUUGUGUUCUCUUAAGGAGCUGUACUUGGCCUAUAACAACGUCUCAGACGUGAGUCAGGUUGGCAUGCUGGAGAACCUGCAGCUGUUAGAUCUGGAAGGGAAUGACGUGGAUGACCUAGUCCAGGUUCAGUAUCUGGGUUUGUGUAGCACUCUCCGGACACUCACACUGGAGGGCAACCCGUUGUGUUUACGCCCAAACCCCACUUCAUCUCAGAUGGCAGACUAUAGUUACCGGGCAGCAGUGAGGGAGUUGGUCCCUCAGCUGCGUUACCUGGAUGGUAAAAGGGUGGAGGAGGACAGACUGAGUUCCUGUAGCACUGAGGGAGAAGACUUGGAGAUUGUCAUAAACUCCAUUAGAGAUUGCAACUCCUCUCCGGCUACUAGUGUGAACGAGGAGACAGCAGACAGCGCGCGCCCUUACAGCAGACCUAGCUCUGCCAGACGUCCUUCUUCCAGCUUCUCCUGUGUCUGGCCCAUGUCAUCUGUGGGCUCCAGACCAAACACUGGCUCCCGACCCAUGUCAGCAACCAGACCUGGAGUUCUCCCCCCUCCUGGGUCCAGACCUGGUUCUGCAGACUCAGAUCUAGCAGCAGUGGAAGCAGAAACCAGUGCCCUUACACAUGGAGCUGGCAAAAUUCUGUUCUGUGGAAACCCAGUCCAGGCUAUUCGAGCAAGACGAGAAAGGUUGAAGACAGCACCCACCAGAUCUACUUUCACCCCACGGGACUUGCCCAUCCAUGUACCAGAACACACGUAUGACCUUGAGGAGCCUGAUCUUAGAGAACGUGUCAAUGUGUUUGCUGAGCUCAGAGCUUGGAGGGAGCAGCAUAACAGCCGUCUUCAGGCCAUAGAGAGAGAAAGACAGCCACAAGUCCUGACCAUUCAGCAUGAUGACGAUGAUGAAGAGACAGAUGAUGAUGAAGAAGAAGAAGGCUUUGGUGGUAUGCAGAGUGACAGUCGUGAUGAAGAACAUGGAGAGGACAAACACUGCGACAGUCUAGACCUGCAGCACAGAGAAGCCUUAUCCUCUGAUGUGGCUCAGCUGUCCUUGUCCUCAGAUACCCCGCUGUCUCCUUCUCCCCCUUUCAGUGCCACUGCAGCUACUGGUAAUCGGACGCUAUCACAGAGCCGUGCACGCAGGCUUCGUCUCAGGCAGGCCAACUCAGAAAAUGUUCCCGAUUUCAGCAGAGUAGCAUGUGAGUCUGGGCCUGGUACAGCUCCUGCAGAUGCAGACCUUAUACUCCAGAGGGUCCAGCAGAAGACGAGGACCAAAGUACCUGUAUUACCUCAGUAUGGUCACGUUCCCCACCCACCUCCAACAAGUGUCCCGGAUGAAGGGCUCAUAGAUUCAUGUGUGGAGAUGGACCUAUCCAGUGUACAGCUGCGGUUCCACAAGCAAAAGAUGUCCAAAAUCCUUGACAGACCAGCAAUUACUCGCCCUCACACAGCCAGGGCAGCUCUACAAAAACAUCACCAGCACCACAUACAAAAACAUUACCAGCACCACAUACUCCAGCCCAGCAGAGGGAGCUCACAGCCAGACUGACAGCAGACUGGGAUGACUUGCAGGAGUUCUGUUGAGGAGAAUCAUUCCCAUUAUUUGACUCAUGACUCAUCAUUCACACCAUGCUAUCAGGUGUGUUGGGAUUGUUUGUAUUUGAAGACUCUCUCUCUCUCUUUUAGAAAUUAUUGAAGGUAUUCUUGUUGGGACUCACCAGUGCAUCAACGUUCAAGGAACUCAUUACUCAUAGGGCUUUAACAUAAGUACUCAAGUUAUUAACAUGACUAACAGUGUAAUUGAAGGACUUGCUAUACUGAGAUAAUCUCUUUAAUACGACUGAGUAGCCGGUUUUACCUGGAUGAAAAUGAAAUCGGAUGUUACUGACACCUCACAUUUGCAACUCUCAGGACAAAAUACAGAAUUAUUAUAUUUCAAAUACAACCUUUAGUUUUACCUAAUUUAAAAAAACUGUCAUCACUUUGUGAUUCUGUUUCAUUAAAGCUUAGCUGUAAAAUAAAGUCAUAUGUAAAGUCAAAUUAUUGCUUUAGGUUGUAGUGACGGUGAUUUCUUCAGAUCCAUGGUGUAAUAGUCUCAUAAUGUCACUUGAGGGCACUAUCUGUAAACAUCAAAUCAGAGUCUCAAUCCGCUGCUUCAAACACAUCAGCAAAUGAUCGUUCUACAACUCACCAUUUCAAAGAACAAGAAUCAUUUGUUUUUUACCUGUUUGGCCACAUCUGAGGUCUGAGUUAGAUUAAAGUGAGUGUGAUAUACAUUUAAAAUAUAAAGAAUGUAACAUUGCACUUUGCAUACUGCUAAUACAUGAUAAAACGUUUCAUGACGUAUUACUGAUACAGCGCAGAAGUAAUGCAGUGGAACGAAUCAGGUCCAUUUGGAGUUUAUACAUUCUGUGACAUAUCCUAUUGUUUAUCAAGAGCUAUGGGAAAUUACCCAUCUACUGCACUGUGAAGGACAACCUCAGACUCAUUUGUUCUGAGACACACUUGGAAUAUACGCUGGUAUUUCUGAGCGGAUGAGGACCAGAGAGGCAGACCAUUUUAACACUUCAGUAGCUCUUUAGGUCAUUUAAUGUUAAGCAGGUUUCUUUGGAAGCCAUCACAAUGGUCUUAGCAUUGAAUUUCAUUCCAGAGAAACAGCUGAAACCAGCACGGUGAUGUUUCUGAACUCGUGCUUUGCAUGAACGCCUGAACUGAGCACACAAACACACACACUGUGAACACACAUCAGAAAGAACUUCCCACUUUUCUGUCAUCCGUGCUUCAGACCUGUCCACAGAAACAGGAUGUAAAUAAAUGAAUCAACGAAACAAA